ACUUACACUGCCAGAGUGCCCCAUUGCACUUCAAGAUAGCCGGCUUCAGCCUCGCGGCCCGAGCGUAGCUUGCAUCACGCGGGUCAUGACGAGGGCGUAACUGCAACCGCGGAUGCUAAAUGUCCUUUCGCUUCUCCUUUCACUCGCGCCACACCUUCCACUCCAAUGGCUUCGAAGGACUCUGUCUCUAAGGGCGAUAGCCGUACACAAAUGAACAUGGAUGGCACCGAGCACCAUGCUAGGAAACGACUUCCUGCGUCUGCGGACGACUCCACGAAUCGAAAGCGUCAAAGGUCGGUCAGCAUCAGUAGCGAGGCCCAUCAGGGCCGUCAGGCGUCAUUGAAGAUGUCCGAGGAGAUCUCGGAAAAGGAAAAAGGCCCUGUGCGCUUUGAUGAAGCGCUCUCAAAAGAGUUGCCGCUGGCCAUGAACGUGGCAGCACAUUCGCAGGCCAGCGGCACAGCUGCCAUCAGAGACGUGGCUCGGGCUGACGCUGAGCCUCUCGUUCCUUCAAAGCGAGACGACGACUCUAAGCAUUUGGAAUUCCCCGAUCGCGAUAGUAGCAUCUGGACCUGCGACUAUGGUCGGCCGGAUGCAAGUACUCAAAUACAGGGCCACCGCCACAACAACCCUCACAUCAAUGUGUACGUUGCUUUCGCCGACCUCCCACCAUACAAGGAUGUGCUCGCCAAUGGAUACAGAUACCGUGUGGCGGACCCCUUCUCUGUCAUUUACCGUCUCUCCAACCCUCUUCCUCGAGCGAGGAAUGGGAGAGAGCUGUUCGAGAAGAUCGAGGAUUUCAGCUUUCGCUACACCGGUGUCCUUCGUCAGCAGUAUAUCGAAUUCCUCUCCUCGGCUCCGACUUUCUCUCCUUUCUCUCCUGCCGAACGCAUCACCCUGGUCAGAGACACCCAUUUUGGUGUGAAGUAUGAUCGCCGUCUGAAGACGUAUCGCGCAAUCAUCUUCCUCCCAGAGACGAUCCAUUCCAAGACCGCCGAGUUUGGCCUUCAUUUUAAACCCGUCAUCGAUAGCUGCAGCGCAACCGUUGAGUCGGUUGGCAGCGCCAUCAGUGCGCAUUACAUCACCGUCCGUGUCGCCUUUCACAUGCAUCACAUGGCUCCAGGCGACUUCGCUCUACGACUCGAUCAGGCUCUUGGCCCGAGGGCAAGUGUCUUGAAUGUGUGGCAGCGUCGUGUCUACGGCAUGGGCAAUUCUUGCGACCAAGCUUCAGCUUCGGGAGAAUACAAAGUCCUUGUCGAGCUUAUCGAGGAUGAUGGCUGUCCCGCCCACAAUGUUGUUCAAUCAGCAGAGGAGCUUCCUCGAUGGAUUCGGCUGGAGCAAGAUGAGGUCGAGCUCCAAUACCUCCAUCGCCGGGCGUAUUGCACAUAUUGCCGCUCGCGUUCUGGCCCUGCCAAUUACCAUGUGCGGGAGGACUGCGAUUUCGCGGCCUGCGCCACCUCUUUAGGCCCGAACAUCAACGACGCUUUCGCCCAGGCCUGCAAACCGCACUACCCUUAG